AUGGCAAACGAAAGCGAUAUUAAAUCUUUGAUGACUUUAUCGUCGAUAUCUGAUGUUAGCACUACAGCACACAACCGGUCGCGUUGGCGGAAUGCACCGUUACACGAGCGCUGCACGAUGGUGGACAUGGUGAAGAUCAAAGAAGCGUUCCAGUCGGCGGACCGGAAUAAGCUACUGCCUAACGAGUUCCGCACCGUUCUCCGUAAUCUUCUUAAUGUUGAAUACGACGAUGAUGAAUUCAAAAUACUAUUUAUGAAGAUAAACACGAACCGUAACGGUGAAAUCGAUUGGGACGAGCUAGUGUCACACCUGUUGCUAGGCUACUUCGGCAACGACCCAGAGAAUCAACGCGCCUCCCUGCAGCCUCCCAUCAUGGGGUUGCCCGUCGUCAUGCGUUCACAGCACCGUCAUCCUAUCUCUAGGAUAUGCUUUUGCCCGGACGUCGCUAAGAUGAAGAAGGUUGCUGAUCUGGAAACCAAACUGUUAGCCACAGAAGAGUUAAUAACAAACUUGAAAUCACAAUUACAUGGCAUCGAACAGAGAUUGCGAUUGAAUAAUGUUAAGAUCAAAGGCGUAACAGUGAAAAAAGAAGAAAAUAUCUUCCAAAUUUCAGACAACAAGUCUAUAGAAAUAAAAUUUAAUAACAGUAAUAUCAAAGAAGAUUUUAUAACAACUGCAUGCUCACACGAAGUAUUUAAAGCUUACGAUUUGGGAUUCAGGGACUCGCAGCAAUAA